CAAAAUUCGAAAUUCAAAAGAGUAGAAGUUUUUCGAAGAACCCACUUUUGCCUAUUGAAAAUUAUAUCAUAUUGUACGAGUUAAAUUUAUCUUGCCGCGGUUUGUUAAGAAAUUGGAUUAAAUGAAAUAGCAUGUACUUAGAAAUAAAUAACCAGGUUCAAUAAAACUUGAUGAUUUAAAUGGAAAUAUCCGUUUAACACAAGAGUGAGCUGACAAAUAGAGCAAAAUUGUGACAGUAAUUGAGGGCAGUAAUGUCACUGAUAAGAUGGGAUGAUGAUAUUGAGUAUUAUCAAAAAACAAGGGAACAGGGUAUCAGAGGUGUGACUAGCAAAAUAUCGACCUCAAUUCGUAGUGCAUUGAACUACGUUAGCCUGUGACAGCAAAAUCGUUACGAUAUCAGUGUAAAUUGUGGCCCUGUGAUUGGUGUUUGUGUCCCACUAAACAAAAAAAUGCUGCCUCUACUUAUGUUCCUGUUUGUCACAUCAACACUAGCCGAUGACUGCUCACAUAAAUUUCAUCGAAUGAACUAUUCCAGAUCGGCAAUACUAACGAUAAAAGGUUUACCUACAAACCUUGAAUUUAAUUCUCAAACAAAAGAUCUAUAUUUCACGUUAAUUGAUAUGGAAACUCUACAAAACGAUGAAGUACAGACCAAAAUGGAUCAAUAUAUUUUACGAAAUGGUGAACCAAUAAAAAUUGAAAAUGUCAACGGUCAAGCCGCAGCUGUAGAUUACGAUAACGACAAAGUAUACAUUGCUAGUGAUGAUGGACUGCAUAUUUUAAACAAAACGGGUAGAGCCCACUUUGUAGCGAUGAAAGAUGAGGACAUUGUCCAGCUGUUUAAACCACGACAUUCAGAUAAUAUCUAUGCGGUGUUCUACCCUAACAACGAAGUUUUCAAGUUUAACUUAACUAGUAACGAAAAGGAAAGGGUUGAAAAUGUCCCAUGUGCUUACAUAUUAGCAGUAGAUGGUGACGAUAAUAUUUACUAUGAAUGUGAGUCUAAGUACGUGAGAGUUUUGUUGAAAGGUUUUCAAGAAUCUAUAGAAUUCAUGGGCAUACCAAAGAACUCUGCUCGGGCAAUAACUACUAACGAUGACAGCGAUGUCGUGUUAGCAGCAAACGAUGGAUUGUAUUGGUUAAGAGCGGAUAAUAUAAUUCCUAAGAAAAUGAUGGAUUUAGACUACAUUCCGGCUGGUAUAGCCUUUAACGGUGACACCUUUUAUAUAUCAACGACUGACGUGAUUUAUAAAUAUGAAAUGUGCCAAUAAUUAAAUACAACAUAAUAUUGUGAU